UGUUUGAUGGACUAUUCUGUCAAUGUCAUUGCUUUUCGUAUUUCCUGUUCUUCUUAUUUCAUUUCUUAGCAAUAAGAGCCUAACUUUUCUUGGAAUUAAGUAACUAAACAUCGGCGGGAUUGUUAAUAAACAUGUUGCACAGCAUUGUUGAGUAUUACGGGGAACAUGAAAGUUACAGAUGCGGAUAUUGUAGGAGCUCCGAUACUAAUUUUAGUCAUGGUAUGUGGGCUCAUACUAUGACUGUUAGUGAUUACCAGGACCUCAUAGAUAGAGGCUGGCGGCGAUCAGGAAAAUACUGCUAUAAACCUACAAUGGAUGUAACUUGUUGUCCUAUGUACACUAUUCGGUGUAAAGCCCAAGAAUUUAAACCAACUAAGUCACAAAAGAAAGUACUAAAAAGGUUCAACAAGUUUCUAUCGGGGGAAGAGAAAGACUUUAGGUCAGCAGGUGACACUGAUAGGAAGAUGUCAACAAGCAGUAGCCUCGGGGAGCGGGAGCUGGAAGGGGAGAGCGGGGAGCAGUUUGUAGAGACAACGAGACAGCACCAGGACAUCAAUGUGGCCAAUGUAGUGACAGCUGACACUGAAGAAAAAGAGACCAAUGGAGAGUGUUCUAGUGUGGGUUCUAGUACUACCAAAAUGGAGGUGCAAAGUGGUGAAUCUCAACUGUUAGAUACUGACAGGAAGAAAGUCAUCGGACCUGAUCCCACAAAAGGGCCAUGUAAAAAAGCCAAGCAACUAAGAAGAGAGAGAAAACUAGAAAAACUUAAGGAAAAAGGCAUUGAUGUCAGUUCAUUGAACAACAUUAAUAAAAAUAAGGAAAAACAAGUUGAAGACUUCAUUAAUGAGUUGCCAAAAGAAUUCCAAAAGAGGCUUGAGAUCAAAUUAGUACGCACAGCACCACCAAGCCCUGAGUGGCUGGCCACGUCCAAAGAAACUCACGAAGUGUACGUCAAGUACCAGACAACUAUACAUGAUGACAAGCCAGAAAAGUGCUCGGAGCCUAAAUUUAGAGACUUUUUGGUGCAAAGCCCAUUAUUGGAGGAGCAUAGCGAGACAGGUCCCCCAUGUGGCUACGGGUCCUUCCAUCAGCAAUACUGGUUGGACGGCAAGAUCAUAGCAGUGGGGGUCAUUGACAUUCUGCCUAAAUGUGUAUCUUCUGUUUAUUUCUUCUACGAUCCGCAAUAUAUGAAUUUAACCUUAGGAACUUAUGGCGCACUCAGGGAGAUCUCCUUUACGAGGCAUCUGCACGCAAUGUGUCCAGAACUCAAGUACUACUACAUGGGUUACUACAUCCACUCCUGCUGCAAGAUGAGGUACAAGGGAAACUUCUAUCCGUCAUACUUACUGUGCCCAGAGACUUACAAAUGGUUUCCAUUGAAAGAAUGUAUUCGUAAGCUUGAAGUCACGCCGUACUCAAGGCUGGACCCCGAUAUCGAUAGCGUUGACGAGAAUCACCCGAACGAAGGUGAUAUCAAUUACAUACCCGUAUGGGUAAAAGGUGUAGUAAUGCCAUAUAAAAUGUACAAAAGAAAAUUCAAUAAGAAAAUCGAUAAUAUAGAUGAAUUGAUGGAAUACGCGCGCCUAGUCGGCACUAAAUCAGCGAAAAGUCUCGUCUUAGUUAGAUAAUUUGUUUCACUUUAAACUAGUAUUUUGUGUGCAACCGCACCGUUGUAGUAAUUUUGCGUAAUUCAGGCCGUAGAGACUACACAUAAGUAGGAGGGUCGAGCCCUGGUAAACAGGAAUGAGCCAGGAAAAAGAUAGAAAAUAUACGCAAUUUUCUCAUUGUGAAUCCCACCUAAUGCAAUGAAUUUUAGGAAACAUUUACCUACUGCGUACUUAUUGUAGUUUAUUUAGACUGUACUAGUCAUUGUACAUUAUAUUAGUGAGACUAUGCAAUGGUGCCCACAUAGCGUAAAGUUGGAACGAAACCGCCGUUAAUUUCAUUAAACCAUAACCAUAAUAUUAGUGAUAUUAAUGAUUUCGCAACGCGUGUUUUAAACAUAUGAUAAACAAUUUUUUUAAUGUCAAAAGUCAAGAUAUUAAUAAGAAAUUUAAAAUAUACACACAUGUCUUAAGUUAUUAUUAUAGGUAGGAUAUUCGGUUGCAUAUUUACCUAAAGGUGAUGGUAAUAUACAGUUGAUAUUACAGUUCAGCGCCUUACCUGACUUUUUAAAAACAAUAUUUUUCUUUGUUCCUUGCUAACAGACUUUCGUAUGGCAUUGUAAUAUAUUGCGAAACCAACAAAAUGAAUUUAUAACUAUUUCGAAACUAUAUCGCAGUAAUAACAUUAAGUAAGAUUGAAUUUAAUAUGCGAAACAUUCGGAACAGAUGUAUUGUAAUGUCUUGAUAACGAAUGCAAUUAUUGUUAUCUUAAAAAGUCGAGUAUCGCUAAACGGUAACAUGGACUACAAGACAUAUUAGGUAAAUAUGCCACCGAAUUUCCGACCUAUAGUUAUUACAUCUAGAAUACUAAGGCUUAAGAUAUUGUAAGCUGGCAGUUUUCUUAUAAUUAUGUCUUGAUUCCUAAUAAACCAUAUGUCCAUA